CCGUGCGAGACGCAGCAGCGUAACCGCGUCAGCGCCGCGCGUGCCCCGGCCGACAACUGAGCGUCGCAUGUUUGAUGCACGUGCGCGGUACACGUUCCUCCGCCGAGCGCUGCUAUCGCCUCUGCGUGUGCUGUGUGACUGUGCGUCCUCGCCUGUAUUCUAUCGCAAUUCUACACUGCUGUCAUGAGGAGGUGUCAACAACAACGCUCCGAAACGUCGUCGACAUGGGCGGCUGCUGAAAAGUGCACGCGUCUGCGCUCCUCGCUCACACUCUUCGUGUCGACGCAUGAAUCCCUAGUGUGAAAGUUACUCAAUGAGGAAUGAGCGCGGCUGCACCGAAAUGGGAGUAACUGCGCUUAGGCUGUGAAACGAGAAGAAACGAGCAUCUACCCUUCUGGAGAACUGUGCGCGGCAGCAGCCCCGCACACCGGCAAGCUGGCCACGGCAGCCAUGAACCCGCAUUACCACGCUUACACGGAGCUGGCGAGUCCGCACUCGCCGCCUCCGGACAACAGCUCCUACCACCCGCACCACCACCACCACCAUCACCACCACCACCCGCACCCGCCGCACCCUGCGGCCGGACCCGGGGGUGGGCCUCCCGGAGGCGGCGGCGGGGGCGGCGGCCCGGGGGGCCCCGUCAGCGGACCCGGCGGGCCCGGCGGCGGCCCGCAGCAGAUGCACCCGCACCACCAGCACCACCUCAACAACGCCAACAACAACAAUAACAACAGCGGCAACGCCAACAACAACAACCCCGCAGCGACGACGGUGGGCGGCGGCGGGCCCGGCGGCGGUCCCGCCAGCAGCGCGGGGCCCAACCCCAACAACAACGGCGGGCCCGCCAACAACAACAACAACAACUGCACGGGCGGCACGGUGAAGGUGUGCGCCGGCUGCGGCGGCAAGAUCGUGGAGCGCUUCCUGCUGCACGCGCUCGACCGCUACUGGCACAACGGCUGCCUCAAGUGCUCCUGCUGCGGCGCCAUGCUCGCAGACAUCGGCGGCUCCUGCUUCACCAAGGCCAACAUGAUCCUCUGCAAGACAGACUACAUCAGGCUGUUCGGCAGCAGCGGGGCGUGCUCGGCGUGCGGCCAGACCAUCCCUGCGUCGGAGUUCGUGAUGCGCGCCGGGCCGCAGCACCACGUGUUCCACCUCAAGUGCUUCGCGUGCUCCAAGUGCGGCGGGCAGCUGGUGCCCGGGGACCGCUACUGCCUGCUGGCCGGCAGCCUGGUGUGCGAGCAGGACUGGCACAAGCUGCUCAAGGGCUCGGCGGUGGCGUCGGCGGCGGCGGAGCCGGUGGCUGCCGCCGCCGCUACAACACUAACUCGGCGUGUUAGGUUUACAAUGGCCGCGUCGGCGGUGGCGGCGCCCAGCCCCGGCGCCCGGCGGGCGUACACUCAGGACCGCGCCGGCUUCAAGCGCGCCCUCACAUACAGAUACACUCGCUGA